AACAUGGAGGCCCAAAUUGUAUCGGGCAGUAAAAUCUUUUUACUGUCGUGGUAACCUUACGAUGCUUAUCAUAAUAGAUCCCUGGAAGUACAUGAGGUAGUAUAGAAUGGGAUCGCAGACGUUAGAAAUUCUAAGGCAGGGAGUUUGGGCCUCACUCACUGGCGGUUGGUUCUUUGACCCUCAUCAAGAAAUAUUCACUAACACUUUUCAUUUUUAUCUAUGGAUGUUGUUACUUUGCCUACCGUUUUCUCUUUAUCUGGGCACAGCACCUUCGAUUUUGGUCUGGAUUCUGUAUUCCAUCGUCAUUGCAGUCAUUUUCUUGGCGAUAAAAUGUCUGAAUUACCGACUACACCUGAUGUUCGAUGGGGAGGAAAUACGCACCGAAAGUGAACAACAGGAAGAAGUGCGGAGUGGAGAAUCGGGAGGCGACAGAGACGAGAAUUCAAGAGCGGAGGUUAGAAGCAGCACUGUGGAACAUGGAGGGGAAGUUAUUGAACUGGAGGUGAUAAACCGUUGUUCGGAGGAAGUUGCCAACGAACCCGGGGCCGAAAAUGUAGCGCAGUCGACAAGUUGUCCUUCAGGCUUACCUCCACAGCUACCUCCUUCUUCUACUUCUCUGCUUCUAAACGCAUCGUCAGUCGCAACUGCUACAAAACCUCACCAGAAUGAUCCUGAUGAAGUUGAUGAUAAACAAGACCAGAUGCAGAGAUUGGUUGAACAGGAGAGGGACCACUGGGAAAGUGAAACGUCUCUGAAUGGUGGUGAAACCAGUGAGAUUGCUGUAUUUCAACCUCCUUCUGUAAAAUCAAGAAUUAGGUCUCCACCUCUUGCUUCUCAAGGAAGUGAAGAACAAGGAAUACAUAAAGUAGAAUGUUAUGAUUUAGAUGAUGGUGGUGAAGAUGGAGACACAGUUGUUGUUUCUUGUCGGAAUAGCAGAAUCAAGGAGAGAGAGAUAAGCUUUGCUGAUGAAUUAGAGAAAACAGACAGAUUAGAAAACAGUAUUAGACAGAGUCCAAGUGGUCAGAUAGAUUCUUGUGAGACAAUCCCUGAACAUGCCAAUGACUACGAGUCCACUAUGGAAACUGAUGAUACCUUGGAGGGAGCAGUGGGUGGGGAGAGUGAACAUCACACAAGUCAAGAGCAGACAGACUUGGAAUCAGACAGCAAAGAUACCCUAAGUGACCUUUCCACGCUCCCCUUACCUAUCUUGGACAGCCACAUGGAGUCACGAUCUGUUCCUGGUCUAGUUGUGUCAGACAUAUGGAAAUCCACUGAAGAAGCCAAUCGUGGCCUUCUUUUACAAACCAAAAGCGAGGGCUCUAAUGUCAAUGGUGCAAAUAGUCCAAGGAACAUAUAUCAGGCCCUUGUGUCAGUCCUAGAAGGCCACAGCUCUCCCAGACAGCAGACAAGUUCAGGGGACAUAAAUGUUGGGGCAUCAUUUGGGUCCAGACUUGGUACCCAAUCAGGAAUUGAAAGUAGGUCUGGAUCAGAGUACGAAGGUGCAAGUCUAUCUCGCCAUGAAUCACAAAGUGAUAAAUCUGUAGGCCCAAGAAUGAGGUCAAUAUCAGACAUUGUACGAGAAACAGAAGAGGCUGGAGAAAGGGAAGAUGACAGGCGGGUGGGAGCAUCUCCUUCAAAUUUGGACACUUUGUCAUUGCAAGACUCUGGAAGAUUUCAUAAUCCUUCAACAAGCUCACAACCAGAAUCAAUAGAUAGUGUUAGUGUUGUUACAAUGAACAAAGACACUGCUUCCACUGUUGCACAGACAGGAAGCAUAGGGGAACCUGAAGGAUCAGGAAGAGAAAGCUCAGACCUCAUACUAGCAAGGCGCUCCUCCUCUUUAGCUCGCAGAAGGAGAACAAGCUUACAGAGAAGGAGGAGAGCUGAAACAGGUGGUAUUAGACGUCGUAGACACAAUGAAUCUGGAGUGCUGGCUGAUAUGCUUCUUCAAGCUGUUGACAGUGGUGGUGGUGGUGGGGGUGGUGCUUCAACUCAUGUAGCAUCUUCACAUGAUGAUACCUCACCAGGAGCUAUGCAUUGCUUUCAGGAUGAGUUUGGUGUAUGGCAGACCUAUAUAUUCAAUUCUGAUUCACCUUACAGUGCUGUGCUACAACCCACUACUCAGUCUCCUUUGCGAAUCAGGGACUUAGUUGGUAGAGACACCUGGGAAACAAGUAGCUCUGCAUCAACAGUUGUUGUUGAUCACACCACUUCACCCAGAAAUCCUCAGUCACACUCAUCAUCUGUGCGUCGUGGGUCUUCUCAGACAAGAUGGCAGGAAACCAUCUCUUCAGCUAGCCUUCCUUUCACCCGGCCAACAUCUGUGUCAUCAACAAUAAAACCUAAGCCUCACUAUUUCAAAUUUCAGCUUUUUCCUGGAAAAUUCAUGAAGAUCAAAUUUGAUCGACUUGCUCUCCUAGCUCUAAUGGACAGGAACAAAUACAUGAUAGAAGCAGCAGUGUCUGUAUUGUUGGCUGUUCUUGUGGCAGUUCUGGGUUAUUGGCUUCUGUUGGCAGACUUCUUUAGAGACUUCUGGAUUUUUGUGUUUUGUUUUGUGCUGGCUGGAUGCCAAUUUUCUCUUAUUAAGAGUGUUCAGCCUGAUGCUGCCUCUCCAACACAUGGACACAAUCACAUGAUUGUGUUUAGUCGGCCAACAUAUUUCUGUGUUUUAGCAAUAUGUAUUCUUACCUUGGACAAACUGACUCAGUCUCAAGUGGUUACAGUCUCAUUAUAUGGUAUCCCAUUUGCCACUGAUUCCACUCUGACAUACACAAGAGACUUUCUGAUUGGGUUUAUUCUUGGCUUUCCUUUAAUCUUCCUUGUUGGUCUCCUACCCCAAGUCAACACAUUUUUUAUGUACAUACUGGAACAAUUGGAUAUGCAUUUGUUUGGAGGAAAUGCCAUUACAAGUUUAACGGGAGCACUUUGGAGUCUGUUUCGUAAUCUUUUGGCGGUCUGUUUUCUUUAUGGCUUCUGCUAUGGAGCUAUGUUGCACGGUAAAGAAGGCGGCCAACAUAUUCUGUUCUCUGUGUUCAGUGGUGUGCUCGUUGUCAUUUCGUAUCACCUGAGCCGCAGUGCCAGUGAUCCUACAGUUUUGGGGGCGGUGUUCAAGAAAGCUUUUGGGAAAGAUGCUGUUAAGGAUAAUGAAGAGGAAUUUGUUGAUCCUUUGCCUGAGAAGCUUAGAGCGACUGUGGCCAAGCGUCUUCAGAAUGAUGUCGUUUGUUGUAUCUUCAUCUUGGUGUUUGUAUUUGCUAUUCAUCUGAGCACAGUAUUCACAGCUCUACAGCCAUAUGUCAGCUAUGUGUUGUACGCUGUAGCCGGAUUACUGGGCGUCGUCAACCAUUAUAUUUGGCCUCAGCUUCACAAACCUCUUCCCUGGCUGUGUUUCGCAAGGCCCUUUCUACGAAGUCGUGAGUUCAACCAAUACGAAGUUAAAGCUCCAGCCAAGAUCAUGGCUUACGAAUGGGUUCACGUGUGGUUGAAUUUUGUAGAGAGGAACAUUAUUUAUCCUGCUGUAUUUUUGAGUGCACUGACAUCAAAUGCUAGCCGAUUAGUUGACAAGUUUGGCCACUUCGGAGGGCCAGUAGUCAUAUGUAUCGUGGGUUUGAAGCUGUUGCGCUCCUCGUUCUCAGACUCCUCUCGGCAGCAUGUGGUGUUGCUAUGGACAGUUCUCUUCUUUCACUUUGACUACAGUCACAGCUCGGAGACUUUUGUUGUGGACUAUUUCUUUAUGUCAAUAUUCAUGAGUAAGUUGUAUGAACUUGUCUUAAAGGUCCGAUUCGUGGUGACGUACAUAGCUCCAUGGCAGAUCACGUGGGGCUCUGCUUUUCAUGCAUUCGCACAACCCUUCAGUGUUCCUCACUCCGCCAUGCUGUUUUUCCAAGCUGUAUUGUCGUCUGUGCUGUCUGCUCCAUUGAACCCUUUCCUGGGUAGCGCUAUAUUCAUUACGUCAUACGUGCGGCCUGUCAAAUUCUGGGAGAAGGACUACAACACUAGUCGAGUGGAUCAUUCUAACACACGCCUCUCCUCGCAGCUCGACAGAAAUCCUGGAAGUGACGACAACAAUCUCAACUCUAUAUUCUACGAACAUCUAACAAGGUCCCUGCAGCACAGCCUGUGUGGGGACCUUAUGAUGGGCCGUUGGGGGCCGUUUUCUACAGGGGACUGUUUCAUGUUAGCUUCAGACUACCUCAAUGCUCUGGUUCACGUCAUAGAGGUUGGAAAUGGCCUUGUUACCUUUCAGGUUCGAGGGUUGGAGUUUAGAGGCACAUACUGUCAGCAGCGAGAAGUUGAAGCUAUCACCGAAGGAGUCGAAGAUGAUGAUGGUUGCUGUUGCUGUGAGCCGGGCCAUCUUCCCAACAUGCUCUCUCUGAAUGCGGCGUUUGGUCAGCGGUGGUUAGCUUGGGAAGUAAGCGCGACCAAGUAUAUCAUCGAAGGUUACAGUAUCAGUGACAACUCAGCAGCAUCUAUGUUACAAGUGUUUGAUCUGCGAAAGAUACUCGUCACUUAUUAUGUGAAGUCGGUGAUAUUCUACACAAUUAAGUCACCAAAGCUGGAUCAUUGGUUACGUGACGAGACCUUACGUGAGCAGUUGAUGUCUGUUCAUGACCCGCAGUAUGUGGAUGUUGAUCGAUCUUUCUAUCAUAAUAUUGACGAAGAUUACGAUCUGCGACAGAGCGGCAUCUCUAGAACCAGCUUUCUCACUUGUUACUAUUCUUGGAUUCAGUACUGUGCCUCACGUAAGGAUCCGCCGGUUGAGUGUGAGAGAGAUUCUUUUCUAGCAACUCUUUGUUUUGCGCUGUGUCUCCUGGGAAGAAGAGCAUUAGGGACUGCUUCACAUCCACAGUCUGCCAGUCUGGAAUCAUUUUUGUACGGUCUACACGCCCUGUUUAAAGGAGAUUUUCGAAUCACUGACGCCAAGGAUGAAUGGGUGUUUGCUGACAUGGAUCUGUUACGAAAAAUUGUUGCACCUGGAGUGCGCAUGUCACUAAAACUGCACCAGGAUCACUUUACCUCUCCAGACGAGUACGAUGAACUUUCAGUUUUAUACGAUGCCAUAACAGCUCACGAACAAAACAUGGUCAUUUCACAUGAAGGAGAUCCAAAAUGGAGACAGGCCGUGCUUGCUAAUACUCAGUCCUUGUUGGCGCUCAGGCAUGUGUUUGAUGAUGGAACAGACGAGUACAAGAUUAUCAUGCUCAACAAGAGAUAUUUAAGUUUUAGAGUAAUUAAAGUCAAUCGCGAGUGUGUUCGAGGUUUGUGGGCAGGACAACUUCAAGAACUGAUCUUCCUCAGGAAUCGGAAUCCAGAGCGUGGCUCGAUUCAGAACGCUAAACAAGCGCUAAGGAACAUUAUUAAUUCAGUGUGUGAUCAGCCAAUAGGAUAUCCAAUAUAUGUGUCACCACUAACAACAUCAUAUGCGGACUCAAACCCACAACUAGCUAAAGUUGUUGGAGGUCCUUUGAGUUUCAAUGGCAUUGCUGGUUGUCUCGGCCGUCUGUGGCAUCGUAUACGCAUGCGUUGUGGCGCCACUUGUCAAAGCGGUGGAGACAUUACGGGUGCAAAUGUGCCGGAAGUUUCUAUUGGGCCAACUUUUACGGAACGUUGUACGAGCUUCCGUGAGGGCCCCGUGUACAUUAGUACCCGAGGAUCGACGCCAAGUUCCUCAUUUAAUCGGGGGCAACAGGGGUUCCGAACAAGUCAAAGAUCUACGGCGAGCUCGGGCUCUAAGAGACCUAGUACAUUAUCCGUGAGCAUAGCUCAGCACCAAAUGCCUCAGCUCCAGAGUCCCGGGGCUGCAUCCGCGGAGGGCCUGACACAACGUGUACGGAUUAUUGACCGCGGGCAGGUUUAUGAUAGCAUUAACCUGGGGCGGAGAAUUGAUGUUCAGUGGCCCUCAGAACUUAUGAGGGAACACGGAGGAAGAUCUUAUUGGAAGGACUGGAACCCAGUGGAAGGUGUUGAGGGGAUUGUGGUACAUCGAUGGACACCGUGCCACAGGGACCCUGCUCGAAGAAGCCAUGUUGAUCGGCCUAUUGUAUUGGUUAAGAUUGAUGACAAGUUUGUACCGAUAGCCGAAGCGGGAGUCGUGGACGCUGGAAUAGAAGUGUAGAUCAUAACUGAAAUUUGUACUAGGUUACUCCAUCGGGAAACAGACUUAAUCAAGUCUCUCUUUCGCCGGAGUGUCAAACUUCGAUAUACGCGUUACGAUGUUUGGUAGCACCAUGGUCUGCGAUCAAGUUACGUCACCAACUUAACUAUGAUACAAUUCCUGUCGUAUGACCUGUAGUGAGAACAAACCAGUAAUGUAGACUUAAAAAGCAGACAAGAAAUGACCGUAACAUUAUGUUCAAACAAUAAGCAACGCAGAAUGAUAAAACCAACUGACGAUUUAUGGACGACUACGUUGGCCGUAAGCCAAAUUAUGAACCUGUAAAGUGGGCCCAAAGCAUCAUGGCUUCAUAUUAAAUCAGUUUUAUUUUCCCGAAUCAUUAUAGGUUAACCAUUCUUAUCUUAAAAGGAUGAUUUUUCUCUUUUUUCUAUAGGUAUCAGAAUAUUAAACAAUUAUUUACCCAGGAGGAGGUGAAUAAUUGUUCCAAUAUACACCCCACAAGAACCAUAAACUAGGUAAAUGAAGAAUGAGACAGACAGAGAUUUGAAAAAAUACUCAAGUGCUGCUAAUAAGACUUCAACAUACGACUUUCCCUUUAGUACUUCGCAAGGUCUACCACUAUGUUAUAGAAGACCCCAGGCAAGGUUUAAUCUUUGGCCUGUUAAUUACGUUCAAGGUGACAAACUUAUUGCAUUCUGCAAGGAAAGGAACGUCAAUAUGUUAUACUUAUGAGUUGUGAUGAUAUAAAUGAAGUUGGUAGA